GUGCGUGUGUGAGCGUAGAAGAAGAGCUGUACUUCCGGUUGUCUUUCACACAUGACACAAAUGCUGCUGCUUUAUGUUUAUGAUCCAAGUGCCUCGUGUCUCGAUGCUGCGCGUGAACACGCUGCGUGUCCUGUGUAGGACAGGGACAUUACUGCAGACAGGCUGGAGUUUGAAGGACAGACAGAGUUUGUCCAGAGCUGUGACAUGUGCACUUCAGUGUUGUGUUUCCACAGACAGCAGCUCCAUCAGGAGUCUCCAACAGCAGUUUGUCCCGCAGGACCGUGGUGACAAACGGGACGUGCGUGUUCGACAUUUGUGCACAGCUCAAGUCUGUCUGACCUGCUGGAACUGUCAACAUCCUCUGAAACAAAAACCUGCAUUUUUCUGUGAGUCUUGUGAAGUUGUCCAGCCCCCUCCUGAAGACACAUCCUACUUCAGCAUCCUGGAGUGCGACUGCACAUUUACACUGGACACACUGAAGCUCCAGAAGAAAUAUCUGCAGCUUCAGCGACUGCUGCAUCCAGACAACUUCAGCCAGAAGUCAGAGAGAGAGCAGGGGUAUUCAGAGAGCCAGUCCGCUUUGGUGAAUAAAGCAUAUGAAACGCUGCUUAAACCUUUGAGUCGAGGGCUGUAUAUGCUGGAGUUGCAGGGGCUGAAUAUCGAGGAAGGAACAGAUUCUGCCGUCAAUUCAGAGCUUCUAAUGGAGCUGAUGGAGAUCAAUGAAGCCCUUGAUGCAGUAGAGACACCGCAGGAAGCUAAUGAGAUCGGCCAAGACACAAAAGGGAAAUUGGCAGACUUGACAGAGCAGAUAGACACUGCCCUCAAUAAAGGAGAGCUUCAAACUGCCAAAGCGCUGCUCACAAAAAUGAAGUACUUUGCAAACAUCGAAGAGAAAGUAAAAGAGAAACUUUCUAGUUUUAUGUAAAUGUGCCCGUCUUUGUACAAACCUCAUAUUCAUAGCCACUUUUAAACUAUUGGACAGGGAAGUUUAUCCUUUUUGUAAUUAUGUAAAUGUUUUAUCAUGAAUUAAUAAUAAAGCUUUAUGGGAUUCACUAA